CUUUGUUGUGACACCCGCCGGAAGUGAAGGGGGCGGGCUGGCCAGUGGUCUCACAGCUAUACUGGCAGCUUUCAGUUUUGUGUUUUCGUUGCGGGUUUCGGGUCUCACUGACUGGUAAUGCACGGUGUCGAUCGACAGUCUGUGUUUGAAGCAUCAAGCAUGUCUGCGGCGAGCCAAGCAGAGCGGGCUGUGCUGGAGGAAGAAUUUAACUGGCUCCUAAAGGAGGAGGUGCAUGCUGUACUGAAACAGCUGCAGGAUAUUUUGAAGGAAGCGGCGAGGCGCUUUUCGGUGGCCACGCCGGGUUUCGAGGGACAGCUUAAACAAGAGAACUUCAUACUGGGCAGCUCCACGAUGGACCAGGUCAAAGGGGUUCUGACCAUGCAGGGGGAGGCACUGACUCAGGCUGACAUCAACAUUAAAGUUGCUAAAAGCAAUCAACCCCUGCAUUUUGCUUUUCGGGAUGAUAAACAGUGGAAACUGCAGCAGGUGCAGGAUGCCAGGAACCAUGUGACCCAGGCGCUUCAACUGCUCAGCAGCCGUGACGAGAGCUACCACUUUAAAACCGGGGCCGAGGUCAAUAAGCUCAUGGAUGCAGUGAUGCUCCAGCUGAUCAGAGCGCGUAACCGCCUGACCACGCCAGCCACCAUGACCCUGCCUGAGCUCGCCUCCAGUGGCCUGAUGAAAAUGUUCAACCCUGCGCUGCCUGGUGACCUGAUGCUUAACCUGUACAUCAACCUCAGUAAACUGUGUCUGACUGUUUAUCAGCUGCAUGUACUACAACCCAACACCACCAAGAACUUCAAACCAGCAGGAGGUUCAGUGCUCCAUAACCCUGGGGCAAUGUUUGAAUUGGGCAGCAGUAAGUUUGAGGUCAGCCACGUGCACACAGUGGAGUGUGUGGUGCCUUGGCUCAAUGACACUCUGGUGUUCUUCACCAUCUCCCUGCAGCUCUGCCAGCAACUCAAAGAUAAGAUUUCUGUGUUCUCCAGCUUCUGGAACUACAGGCCUUUUUAAACCGAGCAUGUAUCUUAUUCACUUCUAAAUGUGUCCAAUUACACACAUAUAUCACUAAACACUAGAAAGCAUAUUUCAACUAAUAUGUAACUAGUCCCUAUACCUUAAGGGCCAGGUCCAUUGCUUUAUAUUUUUUGUGCAAAACAUUUAUAAAAAAUGUUUUUAUCGACCACAUCAGGGGUAGACAAAGAACAUCGGUAAGUAGGCAGCACACAUCCUGAGUCUUGUCAUUUCAACUUACUGGAUCAAAUGAAGAAAAAGACGUUUGAUUUGUCAGCCCUUCAGUAAUCAUGAAGUACUUUAACAUGAGGUGCAUUUUGCCAUACAUGUGUCUCUUACUGAGGGUUUCUACAGACUCUGACGUUCUAUCCAGUAAUUUAUUCUGAACAGAAACUGUGAAGUGUCCUAAUUGUUUGAGAGAAAGGAUCAAAAUCUGAUUACCAGUCUUUGUCGUGAGCCUUUUAGUGUCUUUUACGCUUUGCUACACAUUCCUGUAGUGAGUACAACCUGCACAAGCAAGCGAAGCCCUCGGGCUGUUAACAUGUGGAGUGUUGGUGAGUUAGUUCAUGGACGGGUCCCUGCUGUGGGACGCAACACUAAAAUGCUUGAGGGUGUUUGCUUGUCAUCACAUUGCUGUUAGCACAGGGACUGCAGCUUUCAAUAUGGACACUUCUGUAAAGUAGCAUUCCAGGACUAUAAAAUGAAACUAUAGAGGGAAACACUAUGUAGCUUGAUUUUUAGGUCUGCCAGGCCCUCAGCAGUGUUGGAUAUCGCACGUCACUUUGUCCUCGUAUCGGAAAGGUUGCUGUCAGCCAUGUUUAAUUUAUUCAAUUUAAUUUAUUUUUGAUGCUGAAUGCACUUGGUUUUGUUUUCCGUGAGAAAUAUUGAUUAACCUUGAUUUCAUUGUAGAACAAAAGCUCUUUUUCCAGUGUAUCCAGGGCAUAUUUAAUGUUGAUAACAUUAUAACUGUGCAAUAAACAUAUAUAUGCAUAUAUAUGCAAAACGGAAUUA